AUGUUUAGGUAUCAACUUUUCACUUAUUGAACAAAGAGUGAUGUUGUGUAUUUUAUUGAGAAAGUAUGAGGUGUCUUUACCAGCAGAUAGUAUUCAUAAAGAUAAACUACGUCUUGAUCGAUCUACUGGUCCACUUAUGGCACCGCUGCCAAUACACUUAAUAUUUAAAAGAAGAACAGAAUAA